AUGCCGGAUGAGUCGAAGGGAAAGAGCUUCCCCGACGUCUCGGCGAAACUCUCUGCGCUUCCUAAGAAAUCGCUUUUUGAGCGUCAAAAGGCUGAAGCGGAAGCCAAACGCGCUCGGGAAAAAGCAGAGACAGCUGCAGUCUAUGAGGAAUUUGUCAAAUCUUUCGAAGACGAGGAUCCAGUUCUACCUCAGUCAUUGGAUGGAUCGAAUACAUUCAGAGGCAGGGGUGGUGGUCCUCCCAAGCGUCAUUUCGCAGCUUCCUCUUCGCGUGGCAGUGGCCAUGGACCCUUGGCCCCCCCUCCACCUUCACUUUCGCAAAAACGUCCUCACGAAUCUUUUCCCCUCUCUCGUCGCGACCAACACAAAUUUGAAAACAGGCCUACUUCACCUGAAGCCGACAGAACAAUGGAUGAUGAGGAGAGGGCAGCUCCCAAACCCACGUUGUAUCUCGCAUCGCUUCCUCCGGGGACAUCUCCGUCAGUGGUUAAGGCAUUGAUCCCAUCGACCCUGAGUGUGGACAAUGUCAAGAUUAUCACCCCACCUGGACAAUUGCCAACCCACCGGGAGUCUUCUUCUGCUCUCGUCACUCUCGCAAGUGACUCGGCAUCCUCUCAUAUUGACACGGCUGUGAGCAGUUUGCAGAACAAAUAUCUUGGGUGGGGGUACUACCUGACCCUCUGUCGACAUCUUUCCUCUGCUGCGAUCAAUCCAAACGUGCCUUUGCCCCUCAGUCUCCCGUCGACUACUACUGCUCUUCCAUUUGGCGCCACGCCUAUUCCAACCAGUUCCGGUACAAGCUUGAAUCGAGCUCCACCGCCAGGACUACACCGUGGGGGAUUCGCACCUCCAAGCUCAUAUGGAUCGAGCGUCGGUAAAAACGCCCCAACCACUCAGGUGCAGGUGAAGAUACCGACCGACAUAAGACAAUUAAGACAGAUACACAGGACAAUUGAGUAUCUCAUCAAAGAAGGCCCUGAAUUCGAGGCAUUAGUGAUGAGUCGACCAGAAGUCCAGAUGGACGAAAAGUGGGCCUGGUUGUUUGAUCCAAGAUCGCGUGGUGGUGUGUACUACCGCUGGAAAUUGUGGCAACUUAUCACGGAUCCCAAAAGAAAGAACAUUGACAAGCCGGCGAUAAUCUUCGAAGGCGGUCCGAUCUGGUUACCCCCAAAGCAUCGACUCAAGUUCGAGGGUGUUACUCGCCUGGACCAAUUUGUGACACACCCAGACUACAACUCAUCUGACGAAGAGCACUCGGAUGGGGAAUACGAAAGACGGAAUCUUGGUGGAGCACCUCCGGGCGGAAGCGACACAGACAGCGAUGUCCCUAACUUCUUGGGCCCCUACAAAUUUGCCAAGCUUACUCACCUUUUUGCACGACUUCCGACAACUUCUGCAAAGCUCCGACGAGGAGAUGUUGCGCGAGUUACAGCAUUUGCCAUCGAUCAUGCCACGAUUGGGGCGCCUGAGGUUGUCGAAAUGGCUAUUCGAAACGUUUCCCGGCCACUAGCCUAUACGGGAGCCAACCCAAUGUCUGACCUGGAAAAGAAAACUGCCAGAAUAACAACCACAGACAAGGACGGCGCAACAUCAUCUGAAGAAGUGUUGGAUAUGUCCUCGGCCCAGCUGGUUGGCCUCUACAUAAUUUCCGAUAUUCUCGCAAAUUCCGCAAAUAGUGGCAUGCGCCAUGCAUGGCGAUAUCGCCAGCUAUUCGAAAACUCCCUCCGCUCAAGUAAGGUUUUUGAAGACCUUGGAAGACUCGAAAAGGACCUCAAAUGGGGACGAAUGAAGGCAGAAAAGUGGAAGCAAAGCGUUGGCGCCCUUUUACGUCUGUGGGAAGGGUGGUGUUGUUUUACGCAAUCGGGAAUAGAGCAUUUCAUGAAAGUGUUUGAAAAGCCACCGCUUACAGAAGCUGAAUUACAGACACAGAAGGAGACAGAGAGGGUCCAUGCAGAACAAGCUGCUGUUGCAUUUGCUAAAAGCAAGAGUCGAUGGAAGACAGUUGAUGAUGAGCGGGGUGGAAAGUUUGAUCCUACUCGCCCUGUGAAUGAGAAUCAGCAUUCUACCUCUGUCCAUGCAGUGGAUGAAUCCGCGAAUGAAAAAGAUGGCACUGCGAUGGAAAUUCGAGACCUCAAGAAUAUUGAUGGGGAGUUCAUGAUCAAGGCGCCGUUAUCGGGAGAAGAAGAUACCCAAACCGAGACUCCCCAGCAGCUACCUCACUACUCACCUCAGCACCCAACUCAAUUUGACCAAUCCGAACAACCUUCUGGGCAGCAGGAGCCAGAAACACGUCGACGAAAGCCACGGCCCAAAGCCGAAGAUAUGUUCGCAUCGGAUUCGGAGUAA